CACUCCUACUGCCUUCCUGGUUAGUAACGUUGGAGAGGGAAUCUAAAGUGGUUGGGAGAUCUUUCAGAGGAUCGUAUACUUUCUCCAGCCAGCUUAAUGUUCCCGCCAGGCGAACCUUUCUGUUGCCUGUAUCCCGGAGACAUACCCCGUUGUUGAGUCCCUUUCAAGAGCAGAUGUAGAUCGCCAACAGCGGGGAGUGCACGCACGUCAAUCGGCUGCCUCGCCAGUGAACGUCUGGUGACAGGAGCGCGCGCUUUGUCAUGGAGCAGACGACAUGUUAGGAGUUCGGAGAUAGCCUGUGUGAUAACGUGGUCAUCUUGAUAAAUGCUGUACUUACAUACACCAGGCAAAUCUAUCGUCUGACGCUGUAGAAGGCUAACAGGCGGGAUUGGGCAGGGUUUAGCACAUAGCCCUAGAGUCCCGGCCAACCUACCCGAAGGCCACAAAUAGACCAUCAAUACAUGCACGCUAUAGUGUUUACACUGAUUUGUCACGCGGCAAUUUUAGCCAGCACGACAUAACGACCUGCACGCAAACUUCAGGGUCAAUUAGUGCUCUGACCACCUGAUGAUAACAUUUAAGACACUGAAUACGACAUAAGUAUGUGAAGAACUAUGUCCAUUGAGAAACAUCGGUGAACAAACUGGCCGCAAUUUUUAUGCUUCGAGAUUUGACAGCAAAUCCGUUCGAUUGUGAACGUCCAAGUACAAGACAAAUACUUCUUCCUAGAUCCAGAAUGACGGACAGGUUAGGUGUGUCCAAUAGGACGUCCCGGCGGAGAGGGACUCUGAAGAGAUUUAGCACGGUGAACAACGGGACAGUGGGCCAGACAGGAGGCCGGAGACCCCCGCAGGAGAACAGGUCAGAGACCUCGGACAACCGUCCAAAGCGGGUAAGCCUUCACGUGGAGAACACCUACAGAAUGAGACCUUCAUCGGAGGAGAGGUUCUCCGUGACAAAGAUGGAGACGCUCAUGUCGGAAAUACUCGACAACAGACUCAGAGACACUACGUACAAUGGCGAAACGUGUUCAGAGUUGGCUAAAGAGCUUGUAUGUACCAUCAUUGCCAAGACCAAGGAGUUUCAGUGGCAGAGGUAUAAAUUGGUUGCGCAAGUCCACGUCGGGCAGAAUGACAGUCAGGCGGUUCAAGUCGCCAGCAGAUGCAUAUGGGACCCUAGUUUCGACAGUUAUGCGUGUGUCUCCUACAAGAAUACUUCUCUGUUCGUUGUUGCCUCAUGCUAUGGGAUAUACUUUGAGUAAUGUGUGUCAGGAAUAUUUAUUGCAAUAUACAUGGUAUUUGAUAUUAUUCCAAUGCUAUCUCUAUGAUGCCACCACCUAUGAAUAUCUGAACUGUCACCUCCUUGAUUUGGUUAAGGGUUAAUUAAAACGUGUUAAUUGUUGCAAAUUAGGAAAUACGAAUAAAAUAAUGCUCAUAAUCAGUGUCGUGCAUCGUAUGUAUAUAACUAUGUAAAUGAGAGGGACAAAAGCUUUUCCAUAAUCAUAAGAAAUCUCAGCUAAAAGCCGAAUUCAGUGUACAAUUCCGACUGUACCAUCAGCAUCUGUUUAGUGAUGAUCGUCCGAGAAAAGGUUAUUGUAUUGUGCCCCAGGUGGCACACGUCACAAACACUUAAGGACACUGGUUGGAAGUGUCCUCCUCACGUCUACCAUGAAAUGUCCUGAAACGCUUUACUAACCCUGACCAAACAACAUUCGAGCAAGAGUCGUGUGACGCUCUUUGAAAUCUUCGUAGAAAGAACUUGCUCAAAAGUUGUGAAUUGUAGACACCAAAGGCUGGAUCUGUUGGAAUAUUGCUGAAAGGAAAGUUGACUAUUGGAAAUUGGAAGUCAUCCCUUUGUAGAUACUGUAUUGUCUGAAUCUUUAUGCAUCGAUCAAAAUACGAAAUCUCUUGAUCUCUUCUAUGUCUAGUUCCGGUGGGUAAAUCAGUGUAAGGUAAGAUUUGACAAUUAUUGAACAAUAAACCAGAUCAUCGAUAUACCU